CUUGUCUAUAAUCAAUGACAGCAGUAAUAAGUGCUAAAAGGCGGAAUUGUUGUAUUUUAUUAAAAUACUUUAAUGUUCCUUCUUUAUUCCCACUUAUUAUCUUCGCUGGAUCAUGAUGUCGACCACCGAAGGCGAGCUAGACGUCGAGGUGUCUCAUGAACGUGAAGAAGGAGAGUUGGAGGAUUCAGAUGUGGAAGAGGGCACGUAUAUACCGCUGGAGCGGCCGGAGACGUUCAACCCGCCGUCGCUGGUGAACAUGCAGAUCCAGGAUGAGCUGAGCGACGAGGGAUCGGCGCAGGAGUCCUCAGGCUCGGACUCGGAGGAGGAGCCGCGACGGCGACCGAAGCGCACGAAGCUGAGGCCGAAGCGCCCGCAGCAGGCGCAGCCGGACAAAAAAGACAAAUAUAAUGUUUGGUGCAAAGCAUUGCAGGAAGACUUAUUAACAGAAGACAUGGUCAGCUGCGAUGUCACUAAAAAAAGCAGAUAUGGCGUUGAAUCUUAUGAUUAUACUAUUAAGUAUAGAUUAGACGAUAGCUAUAAUCCUAAAAAUGUCUUCACAAGUAAUAACUUGGAGGAUGACAAUACGUCAAAGAAACGGAGGCAUUCAGACAGGUCUAAUGUGAAACUAAGGCUCGGGAAAAGGGCAAUGAAUGAAGACCAUAGUAGUAAACAGCUGCCUAGGGUACUAGAUGAUUUGGUGGCGACGUCGGAUGAUCCUAUAGAAGUAAUCGCUUUGGAAAUUGCUGGAAAGUUGCAGGAAGAGAAGUCGGAAUUAGUAGGUAGGAUUGUACAGGUACUAGGCGCAAGCAAGGCUAUAGAAAUAUACAAGGAGACACAGAGGGUUGAGGCUGAUGGAGGCAUGCUGGUCAUGAACGGCACCCGUCGACGGACCCCCGGCGGUGUCUACUUCUUCCUCCUGAAGCGGGACGAUGAGAUCUCGCAGGAGAUGAUCAACCAGAUCUUCAACGAGGAACGCAAAGAGACGGCGCGGCGUAUUAAACGGGCGCGGGCGAAGAGUCGCCAGAAGGUUAUGGAGCAGCUCAAACAGAGUCUCACAGAAUCCGAGCUGCCCACUCUGCUGUCCCGCGGCGGGGGUGGGGGCGAGGCCCCGCACGCGGCGGCCGGCUCCAACCCGCCCCCCUCCCCCGCCACCGACGCGCGCGACGGCUCCUCCGACACCGACCCCCCCGCCUCCCCCGCGCCCGCCCCCUCCCCGCAGCCCGACCGGACCGAGCGGGGCCUGCACACCUACGGCGACGAUGACUACCUGGAGGUCAUGUGUAAUGAUGAUAUGGAUAUGUUCUAA